AUGUCGACCCUCGCGGACGAGCUCCUUCAGGAUUUUGAGGAUUCUGGGUCAGAAGCCGGCGGCGACGAGCACGACGAUGGCCUCUUUAACGAGGCCGGCUUCUCUGGCGGCGCGAGGGCGGAUGGGGGAGACAUCGCAAUGGAAGAACUACGCGACGAGGACGCAGACGAGAAUGAGGAUGCCGACAUGAUGGACGAGGCCGACGGCAGCACUACUCCGGCAGCCAACGGUGACGACGAGAAAGCAAACAUAGAGAAAAUGCAACUGGGGGGCGUACGCGAUGUGCGCGCCGUGGCAGGCCUCAUGAAAACCUUGACGCCCGUUCUUGAGAAAAUCGCACACUACCAGUCGCAACCCGCUGAGGCGAUCGAUAACGUGGGCAGUGUGGAGGACCACCCAGAGUACCACCUUCUGACCCAGUCGAACGGCCUCUCGACCCAAAUCGAUAACGAGAUUGUCCUCGUCCAUAAGUUCAUCAGAGACCACUACUCGGUGCGGUUUCCGGAGCUCGAGACGUUGAUCACCAACCCUCUCGAAUACGCAAAGGCGGUAGCAAUUUUGGGCAAUGGACCGAUGGAUUCGGAAAGCAUCAAGUCUCUCCAAACAUCAACAGACAACCCCUUGGGGAUGACGCUGAAGUCGGUGUUGGAUGGGCCGUCUUUGAUGAUUGUCACGGUUGAGGCUACAACAUCCAAAGGCCAGGCUAUGUCACCAGAACAACUUCAGCGGGUAGUACAGGCAUGCGAGAUGGUCAUCGCUCUUGACAAGGCUAAAAAGACCUUGACCGAAUAUGUGCAGUCGCGCAUGAACAUUUUCGCGCCAAACUUGACGGCGCUCAUCGGAUCCCUGACGGCAGCUCAGUUACUUAACCAAGCUGGCGGCCUGACGGGCCUUUCCAAGGCGCCGGCAUGCAACCUACCCGCAUGGGGCUCUAAAAAGCAGGCCAGUGCCGCGCUGGCCACCAACGUCGGCAUCCGGCAUCAGGGGUUCAUCUUCCAGUCGCCCGUGAUCCGGACCAUCCCAAGCGACAUCAAGAAACAAGCCAUCAAGAUGUUUGCUAACAAGAUUGUCAUGUGCGCUCGCACCGACUGCUUCCACCAAUUCCGCGACGGCUCCGAGGGGGAACGCCUCAAGGACGAAUGCCUCGACCGUCUGGACAAGCUCCAACAAAAGCCCCUGAGCAAGGGGGCCCGUGCCCUGCCCGCGCCCGACGACAAGCCCAGCCGAAAGCGUGGUGGCCGCCGGGCGCGCAAGGCCAAGGAAGCCACGGCCGUGACAGAACUAGCUAAGGCCCAGAACCGGGUAGCAUUCAAUAAGGAGGAGCUGGAGGUCGGCUACGGUGCGGGCGACAGCACCAGAGGCAUGGGCAUGAUCGGGCAGCGUGACGACGGGCGGCUGCGUGUGACUCAGAUCGACAAUCGCACCCGAGCCAAACUCAGCGCGAAGAGCAAGGGCUGGGGCGGCGCCAGCUCGCUCACCAGCGGCAGCGCCUCGUCACUAAGGGGCCUCGCUGGCGGCACGGGUGUGAGCAACCUGAGUCUGGCCAGCAGCAAGGGCUUGCGCACGUCCGGUGUGGGGACGACGCUGGGAUCUGGGUCGGCCACGGCGGGCACGGUGUCGUCACUCGCCUUCACAGCGACGCAGGGUCUGGAACUCGUCGACCCCAAGGUGCAAGCCGAGCUUAGCCGGAAGCGCAAGGCGGACGACGAUCGAUGGUUCAAGAGCGGUGCGUUUACGCAAGUGGGCGGCGGCAAUGACGGCUUCAAGAAGCCUGCGCUACCGCCGAGCAAGAAGCUCGACACAGGCUCGACAAAACAGUAA